UUGGCGCUCAGGCCGCGGCGCGAGACCGGCCGCCGGCAGGGGGAGGCGGGGGGCGCGGGGCAGCCCCGCCUUUUCCCCGAGGAGGCGUUGGGCGGCCAUAUUGCGGAGCUGUCUGCGGUGGCGGCGGCGCCUCUCGUCUCCGGCGGCCCUGCGCUCGCACCUCCGCCUCUCCCUCCCCGCCGCGCCGCGCCCCAGCCACACGCCGCGGGCAGGAGCCGCUCGCUCCCCGAAGGUAGCAACAGAAUUCAUAGAAGUGAAGAUUUUUUUAAAGACGUUAACAAAAAAAGAAGAAAAAUGCCAAAACCAAUCAACGUAAGAGUAACUACAAUGGAUGCUGAGCUGGAAUUUGCCAUCCAGCCCAAUACAACUGGCAAACAACUUUUUGACCAGGUGGUGAAAACAGUUGGUUUGCGUGAGGUCUGGUUUUUUGGGCUGCAAUAUGUUGACAGCAAAGGCUAUUCUACAUGGCUCAAACUGAACAAAAAGGUAACACAGCAAGAUGUUAAAAAAGAGAAUCCUUUACAGUUCAAGUUUAGAGCUAAAUUCUUUCCUGAAGAUGUUUCUGAGGAAUUAAUUCAAGAAAUAACCCAGAGACUUUUCUUCUUGCAAGUUAAAGAAGCCAUCUUAAAUGAUGAGGUAUAUUGCCCACCAGAAACUGCAGUUCUCUUGGCUUCCUAUGCUGUCCAAGCCAAGUAUGGAGAUUACAAUAAAGAGAUUCAUAAACCAGGCUACCUGGCUAAUGAUAGACUCCUACCCCAACGUGUAUUGGAACAACACAAACUAACCAAAGAACAGUGGGAAGAAAGAAUACAGAACUGGCAUGAAGAACACAGAGGAAUGCUAAGGGAAGAUUCUAUGAUGGAAUACCUGAAGAUUGCACAAGAUCUGGAAAUGUAUGGAGUCAACUAUUUUGAAAUAAAAAAUAAAAAGGGGACUGAAUUAUGGCUAGGUGUUGAUGCUUUGGGUCUGAAUAUUUAUGAGCAUGAUGACAAGUUAACACCUAAAAUUGGUUUUCCCUGGAGUGAAAUCAGAAAUAUUUCAUUUAAUGACAAAAAAUUUGUUAUCAAGCCAAUUGACAAAAAGGCACCCGAUUUUGUUUUUUAUGCACCUCGUCUGAGAAUCAAUAAGAGGAUUUUGGCCUUGUGUAUGGGAAACCAUGAACUGUACAUGCGAAGAAGGAAGCCUGACACCAUUGAAGUGCAGCAGAUGAAGGCUCAGGCGAGGGAGGAGAAGCACCAGAAGCAGCUGGAAAGGGCACAAUUAGAGAAUGAAAAGAAGAAAAGAGAAAUAGCAGAAAAGGAAAAGGAAAGAAUAGAACGUGAAAAGGAAGAGCUAAUGGAACGUCUACGGCAAAUUGAGGAGCAGACCCUGAAAGCCCAGAAAGAACUAGAAGAACAGACUCGAAAAGCUCUAGAACUGGAUCAGGAACGGAAACGAGCAAAAGAAGCAGCAGAACGGCUGGAAAAGGAGCGCCGGGCUGCUGAAGAGGCCAAGUCUGCCAUAGAGAAGCAAGCUGCCGACCAGAUGAAGAACCAGGAACAGCUGGCAGCAGAACUUGCUGAAUUCACUGCCAAGAUUGCACUUCUAGAAGAAGCCAAGAAGAAAAAGGAAGAAGAAGCUACUGAGUGGCAACAUAAAGCUUUUGCAGCCCAGGAAGACUUGGAAAAGACCAAAGAAGAGUUAAAAACUGUGAUGUCUGCCCCGCCUCCGCCUCCACCAGCACCAGUCAUUCCGCCAACAGAAAAUGAACAUGAUGAGCAGGAUGAGAAUAAUGCUGAGGCUAGUGCUGAAUUAUCAAAUGAAGGGGUAAUGAACCACAGAAGUGAGGAGGAGCGAGUAACAGAAACACAGAAAAAUGAGCGUGUUAAGAAGCAACUCCAGGCAUUAAGUUCAGAACUAGCCCAAGCCAGGGAUGAAACCAAGAAAACACAGAACGACGUUCUCCAUGCUGAGAAUGUUAAAGCAGGCCGCGAUAAGUACAAGACUCUGCGGCAGAUUCGCCAAGGCAACACCAAGCAGCGCAUCGACGAGUUUGAAGCAAUGUGGGGACCCAAACUGUAUGCAUUGUUCCAGAUGCGCUCUUGCCAAAGCAGCAUAAAGCAAAUGUAAGAGUUAGGAAAAGGCGCCUCUCUCACUAGGUCCCAGCAGCUGACACGUGGAGAGACUUAGGAUAGGACAUACCCAGACCUACCUGCUGUGCUGAAUGUGCAUCUCCCCCAAAGUCUGGACUCUCAGCUGGAACUGGGUGGACCAGCAUUCCCUGACCCAGGGCUCUUUCCGAGGGUCCUCUCCUUGUCUCGGUUUACCACUGGUUUCCCCUUUCUUGCUAUCCUGUCUCUCUCCAAACCCUUCUCGAUUGGUUUUCCUAUAGACAGACCUUAGCAAGAUGGGCCAGGACUUCACAUGGCAUCCUGCAGUACCAGGCUGGCGUCUGUUGCACCCCAUCCUCAAGGCACUGUCCCCCAAACAGAUGCUGGAAGGCAGUAGCUUCUGAAAACCCAUUUCUUUUUCUGCAUGACUAGCUAUAAGAAGGAAGCUAUGGAGAGGAUUUCCAAGAAUUUUCCAUUUUUUCAAAAAAAUGUAUGUGAUUUAUUUUGGGCUUUGAACCGAGAGCAAACUCCGUUGGGCCCAGCCCUGUUCCCAUGCACACAUCUGUGGAAUCUGCAGAAGAAAUCAAUGCAACAUUCCUUUUCCCUUCUAGGCUGUUUGUAUAAUUGUAUAUAAAUGUAGCAAUAAAUACAUUCUAACAUCAA